CGGAAGCGGAAGUGGGGGCGGCGGGAAGUCGGGGUUUGGCCUGUGCGGGCGGUGGAAGAAGUGGGAGUUGUGGUGGCGGCGGCGGCGGCGGACUCUUCGGGGCCCAAUGGCCUCUACUAGCAUCGAUAUCGAGGACGCGACUCAGCAUCUGCGAGAUAUCCUCAAGCUGGACCGGCCGAGCGGUUCAGUGAACGAAAACCAGAGAUCAACCAGUUCAUACAAUGGAGACCUAAAUGGUUUGCUGGUGCCAGAUCCCAUAGGAGCUGGAGAUGGAGCUUCCUUGGCUAAGCCAGUGCCCCAAACAGUUCCCCUGGGAGCACUGCAAGAGAAGCAAGUCAUCUGCCUCUCUGGAGAUGACAGCUCCACCUGUAUGGUGAUAACUGCUAAAGAUGUGGAGAUAGUAGCCAGCAGUGACUCCAGCAUCACCAGCAAAGCUAGAGGGAGCAACAAGGUGAAAAUCCAGCCAGUGGCCAGGUAUGACUGGGAGCAGAAAUAUUACUAUGGUAACCUGAUUGCCGUGUCGAAUGCCUACCUGGCAUACGCCAUUAGAGGUGCCAGCAACGGCUCUGCCAUGGUUCGGGUCCUGAGCGUCAGCACAGCUGAGCGAACCCUGCUCAAAGGCUUUACUGGUGGCGUAGCAGACUUGGCUUUUGCUCAUCUCAACUCCAACCAGCUGGCCUGCCUGGAUGAAGCUGGCAACCUCUUUGUCUGGCGCCUGGCCAUGGAGAAUGGAAAAAUCCAAGAGGAGAUUUUGGUGAACAUCAAGCGACCUGAUGGGACUCCCCUAAACAGCUCCCGGAGGAUCAUAUGGUGCCCCUUCAUCCCUGAUGAGAACGAAGAGAGCUGUGAAGAAGGCAGUCAGACUUUGGCACUGUUACAUGAGGAUAGAGCAGAAGUUUGGGACCUUGAUAUAAUGCGAGCCAACCACAAUUCAUGGCCGGUGGAAGUGACCAACAUCAAAGAAGGCUUUAUUGUCGUGAAAGGACACAGCACGCGCCUGAGUGAAGGAGCCCUUUCUCCAGAUGGAACUGUCUUGGCCACAGCAAGCCAUGAUGGCUUUGUCAAAUUCUGGCAAAUCUACAUAGAAGGGCAAGAUGAGCCCAGAUGCCUGCAUGAAUGGAAACCCCAUGAUGGCAGACCUCUCUCCUGUUUGCUGUUCUGUGACAACCAUAAAAAACAAGAUCCAGAAGUUCCCUUCUGGAGGUUUCUCAUCACAGGAGCAGAGCAGAAUCGAGAGCUGAAGAUGUGGUGCACGGUAUCAUGGACCUGUCUACAGACUGUCCGAUUUUCUCCAGAUAUAUUCAGCUCCAUGAGUGUCCUUCCUAGCUUGAAGGCCUGCCUCGAUCUCUCAGCUGAAUACCUGAUUUUGAGCGAUGUGCAGAGAAAGGUCUUGUACGUGAUGGAACUUGUGCAGAACCAGGAGGAGGGCAAAGCUUAUUUCAGCUCCAUCUCGGAGUUUCUGCUGACCCAUCCAGUCCUGAGUUUCGGCAUCCAGGUGGUCAGCCGUUGCCGGCUGAGACACACAGAGGUCCUGCCAGCAGAAGAGGAGACCGAUGGUCUUAGCACAGAAGGCACUCAAGGUACUGGACCUGUAGAAUCCGCUGCAGGGGUGCUGAUCAAGCUCUUCUGUGUCCACACCAAAGCCCUUCAGGAUGUGCAGAUCAGAUUCCAGCCUCUCCAUAGUCCUGAGACAGCCACUCCAAUUCUUCCCCAUGGCUCCCAUGAAGAUUUUGCAUUCCCAGACCACCUUGCUGACCUGGGCACAGAAGGGCUGGGAUUGGAGAAAGGAUCCGUGCAUGGCUCACAGCCUGACUUGCGCCGCAUUUCAGAGCUAUCUGUUCCCGUGGAUUUCCUUUCCCCUUCUAAUGACACGAAACCCAAGCUCAUGACUCCGGAUGCGUUCAUGACUCCCAGUACAUCUCUGCAACAGAUCACAAUAUCGCCUGGCAGCAGCAUUAGUUCUCUCACAGCUGUUACCCCCAUGAGUAGUUCUUCUGUCAAUGAGCCUCCCAUUCCCAGCUGUAGGCCAACUGAAGAUGUGUCUCUGAGCCCAAAGAUGCAGCUGGAUGCUAGCCUUACACUAAGCGGCAGCAGUGGAAGUCUACAGACGAGCCCUCGGAGCCAUUCAGUCCUCCUCCCUGGCCUUGCUGACAAACUGACCCCAAAGGCCCCCAUCCCGGUUUCCCCAGGGAACCCCCCUCUUGCACUCGACCGGCAGGAAGUAGAGCCUCUGGUGGUGCCUCAGUCUUCCCCUACUCGUGAACGCUCCCCAGAUGUCAUUUCCUCGGCCUCUACCGCCAUGUCCCAAGACAUCCCGGAGAUUGCCUCUGAGACCCUGCAGCGCAGCUUUGGUGCAACCCCCUCCGGGCUCCCCGCAGAGAUCCUGGAUUCCAACCACCAUGCAGACAGUAUGGCUUCUGCAGCAUCGGCCUUGCACUUGCUCUCUCCACGGAACCGUCACAGCUCAGAGCACAGCCAUCAUUCCUUGGACAUGGCCCCCAAUGAAGUGGACGUGCUGACGGCACCUUCGUUGCUGGAGACGGCCUUACCUCAGGAAAAUGUGGCCUCAGAUGCUGGCGUGAGCCAGCCAUGGCCAGCUGCCCCUGAUAUCACCAGAGAGACCAGGAACAGCAUGGCAGACAGCCCAAGGAAUGAAAUUGAAGAGAAGCACAAGAGCUCUUACCACAGGCACAGCUACCACCUCCUGCAGCAUGAUAGUCAGGAUGCCAGUGCUGAACAAAGCGAUCAUGACGACGAAGUUGCAAGCUUGGCUUCUACGUCGGGUGUAUUUAGUGCCAAAGCGGCUGUGCAGCGGCUGCCUGUGAAGGACUGGAAAGCCAAGGUGUCCCCUCGAGCCUCCCCAAAGCUGAAGAGGAAGGGGAAGAAAGACGAUAGUUCCAGGGAUGUGGCGCAGUCCCCAAGAUCCUUUGAUCACCAGGUUGCUCCUGAGUACCAGGAUGAGCUGAUGUCUCUGCUGAGGACCCAGCAGAGGGAGAUUGCUGAACUGAGACAGAACCAGAUGGAGCUCAUGCAGAGGCUCACCAACCACCUGGAUGCUGUGCAGAGCGCCCUUAUGGGCCACAUUGAGCGAGUGAUGGAUUCCCAGCAACAGCAGGAGCAGCGGAGGCUGGACCAGGCCUUAGCUGAGGGGCAGCAGCGCAGCGGGCAACUGCAGGAGCAUCUGUCCCAGCAGCUUUCCCAGUCCCUCUCCACGGCUGCCUGCAACCGGCUGGAAAGGACCAUCCGUGAGGAGAUGAAAAAGACAGUGCCACCAUGCAUUUCCAAGACCUUGGAUCCUAUCACUGGGCAGCUGAGUAACACUAUUGCAACCAAGCUUACAGCCAUCGAGGGGACGCUAAAGGAGAAUGUCACCAAAUUGGUGAAGUCAAAGAACCUUACAGAUGCCAUUGCCCGGGCGGCGGCUGAUGCCUUGCAGGGUCCCAUGCAGUUGGCCUACAGGGAGGCGUUUCAGAGUGUGGUGCUGCCCGCUUUUGAGAAGAGCUGUCAGUCCAUGUUCCAGCAGAUCAACGACACCUUCAAGCAAGGCACGCAAGAAUAUACUCAGCAGCUGGAGACGCACAUGAAGAAUAAGAAAGCACGAGAGCAGGACACCCGGGACUCUCUGCUAGGCCAGCUCCGGCAGCUGGUCAGCAACUUUCAGAGCACAACUGACCAGUUGGCGUCCACCAUUACGGCCAGCAUGCACUCCGAGGUGCAGCAUCAGCUCCAUGUCAUCGUGGGCAACAUGCAAGACUCCAUCCUGGCCCAGGUCCAGCGAGUGAUCAAAGGGGAGGUGAGCAUGGCCAUGAAGGAGCAGCAGGCUGCUGUCACCUCCAGCAUCAUGCAGGCGAUGCGCUCGGCUGCAGGCACACCAAUCCCUGCCACUCACCUAGACUUCCAGUCCCAGCAGGCUCACAUGUUGCAGCUGUUACAGCAGGGACACCUGAAUCAAGCCUUCCAGCAGGCUCUCACUGCAGCUGAUUUGAACCUGGUCCUCUACGUCUGCGAGACUGUUGACCCUCAGCAAGUGUUUGGGCAGCAUCCUUGCCCACUGUCCCAACCCGUCCUCUUGUCUCUCAUUCAGCAACUCUCCUCGGAUUUGGGAGUUCGGACAGAACUGAAAUUGAAUUACCUGGAGGAGGCGGUGAUGCAUCUAGACCACAGUGACCCCAUCACCCGUGACCACAUGGGCUCUGUUAUGAACCAGGUGCGGCAGAAGCUCUUCCAGUUCCUGCAGGCAGAGCCUCACAACACCCUGAGCAAACCCGCCCGCCGGCUCAUGAUCAUGCUUCAAGGCCUGGUCACUCCCAGCAUGUCCUAACAAGGCUUGACCAGCCUCGCAACAAGAGUGCCCAUCGGUGCUAACAAAAUGUGGCUUUUUUCUUUUCUUUUCUGAAGCUCUUGCUGGGAAAAAUGGAUCCACACUACAGACGUGUGGGGUGGAUAGAAGGGUCUGAGCCCGGUUGUGUUAGCCCUAUAUAAUCCAAAAUAUACUUCUUUUCUGUGCAAGCAGACCCUGGCCCUGCCCACCAUCUGCCUUGCUUUGUACCUAUACAAGUUGAUGCGCAGAGACACUAAUCCCAUCCUCCUCUUUUUUAGCUUGGAGCCGCUCCCCAAAAAAUUGGGGGAUUGAUGGGGCUCAACAAACCUUGCCCUAUCAUACCAUGGGAAAGGUGGGGUCUCCAUGCCCAGCUGCGGUAGUAAGAGGUCAGAGGUAUCCAUCAAAGGUGCAGACAGCAGCCAUAGUGAGGUCUUACCCCCAUCUCCACUGCUGGUGGGUGAGGGGUGAAGAGUUCAUGAAGCCCACCCAUCUUGGGAAGCAGCGUUCAUUCUUUGUGUGGUGGAGCAUGUUCAUGGAUCAGACAACUCCUUUUGUUUUUAUAUGUUUGUUUUUGCUUUUACACCACUUCCACCCCCCCUUUUUAUCUAGAAUCUUAAAAUCGUUUUUUGAAUAAUGUUUAACAAGUUCAAUAAAUGACUUUUUUUGGAGGAAAACCUGCUUCUCUUUCU